CUAACUAAGGAUAUUGAACGAUGACAUCUCGUGCUACUAUUUUUCUAUCAAGGACAGUUCCACCUGUAGGAAGGACACUUUUGGAACCAGAAUUUACUAUCAGAGAAUGGACGGGGGAUGGAUUCAUUACGAGGGAGGCGUUACUCCAGGGUGUGGUUGGUGCAAACGCUUUAAUUGUUCAUCCACCAGACCGUGUAGAUAAGUCAGUCUUAGAUGCUGCUGGAAGUCAGCUAAAGGUUGUAUCCACCAUGUCAGUAGGCUUAGAGCAUAUUGAUAUACCAGAAUGUCGUCGCCGUGGAAUAGCUGUCGGGUAUACCCCGGGGGUGCUGACAGAGACUACAGCAGAGUUAACACUUGCUUUGUUACUAGCUACUUCAAGGAGGAUUAAAGAAGGGUUUAAAGCUGUAGAAAAAGGAAUGGUGGGAUGGCAAAAUGGUCACUGGCUUUGUGGGAAACAGAUAAAUGGUUGUACAGUCGGGAUCGUCGGUUUAGGCAGGAUCGGUUUAGCUGUUGCUAAGAGACUACAGCCAUUUGGUGUUGCUAAGUUUCUAUAUAGUGGCCAUUCCGAAAAGCCUGGAGGAGCGGAGAUUGGUGCUACAUUUGUUUCCUUUGAUGAGCUGCUUCGAAAAUCAGACUUUGUGGUAGCAUGUUGUUCAAUGAACGAAGAAAACAAAGGUCUUUUCAACAAAGGUGCAUUUUCAAAAAUGAAAUCGGAUGCAAUAUUUAUAAAUUCCUCGCGUGGUGUACUUGUCAAUCAAGAAGAUCUCUAUGAUGCUUUGAAAUCUGGUCAGAUAAUGGCCGCUGGCCUCGAUGUGACUUCACCAGAACCACUUCCUGUUGAUCAUCCAUUGAAAACUUUAGAUAACUGUGUUAUUUUUCCACAUUUAGGUAGUGCAACGACUGAUACCAGAAAUGUCAUGGCAGUCACUGCUGCUAAAAAUGCUAUUGCUGGAUUCAAGGGACAAACUUUGCCUUCACCGAUACCGCUGUAGUUCGAGUACAACAGGGAAACAUCAUUUUCAUUACAAAUUGCAAUAGACAUAUUUUGCCUUUAACAUCGUAGCAAAUGGGAUUAUUUUUUUUGGGAAAAUCAAGGAAAAAAGGGCAUUAUUCAUCUUCAGUUGUCAUGGUAUUGAAUAAUUUCAAUCAGUAUUGUAAAAAGGGUGUCGAUUUUUUUUGUAAAAUGUAUAGAUCAUAAACACACUGACAGAUGUCUCAUUUCAAGAUUCCUCUAAAAACAGUUAAUGAUGUAAAACGUUUUAAAAAACAGGAUAUAAUAAUCCUGCCUUAAACUGAGGUGACACAGAACUUGCUAUAAUUUGUAACGCCUUUUUCGAUAAGAUUUUUUUCGGAGGGUGGCUUAUGGUAAGAUUGUAAUAUUGUAGAUUGGAUAAAAGCAAAGAUUACAAAAGAUGUAGGUGUUUCAUUUUUAUAUGCAAUUGUCUUGAAAUUAAUGUUAGAAUAUAAUAUAGGUGCUAUAUUCAGAAUAAAAACAAUAAGAAAUCUUAA